AUGGAUUUCUGUCAAGACUGUUCUGUAGAGUUUACCCUUGAUGUCACGUGUUCUUCGGACCAAACUAAACACGUGACAACAGAUGAUCUCGUGUCAGGGGACCCUAAGGUCCAGCCAGUGACGAGCAGAGGACGAGAGGACGAAGCAAAUGAUUACGGAGACAGUGAUGAUAUUCUUAUUGUUAAACUUAGGAAAAUGCUUAUUAAUGAUUUGCGAAGCAUGAUAUUAAUAAAGUUGUUGAGUAGGAAGGGCCAGCAACUCAAGGUUCGCGCUUACGCCAAGAAGGGAUUUGCUAAGGAGCACGCCAAGUGGAAUCCAACUGCAGGAAUUUCAUUCGAAUAUGACCCCGACAACGCGCUCAGAUGA